CUGAAGGUUAAUAAAAAUUUAUGGCUUUCAUGAUAUUUAAAAAUAUCAUUCUAGUUUGAAAUGUCGGCACGUGUGGAUAAAACAGUCCGCAGAAGGGCAAAAUCAAAAUGUAUAUUAAUCAACGAAGAGACUGAAAAUGGAUCUAGACAGUUCAAGAGCAAGGUCGCAAUAGGACUGCGGUCAAUUCUAAUAUUUGUGACAGCCUCAUUGAUAACAGCCAUAUUUUUAGAAUGUGUGCCCCAUGCCAAGGUGUUUCCAUGUUGGUGGAGUGUCAGGAAUCACGAGCAGCAUGCCACGCCCACAUUUGCCCUAUACUUAAAGGGUUCAAGGGAGAUUCAUUUGGAGAACGUGGUGAAGGUGCUCAAUAAACUGGGUUACCAACGAGUGGGAAUCAAUGACAGUUGGAAUCUGUUGUGGAGCCAUGACUAUCCCUUUUUAAAACUACCUCUUCAAGAGUUGGGAAAACCUCAAGUGGUAAACCAUUUUCCGGGCUGCGGAUAUUUGACGAACAAGGUGGAUCUGAGCACUUCCCAAUUGCCGUUUCAACCGCGAGCAUUUCGACUGCCAGCUGAUAGGGAUAAGUUUUUGGAGUACGCCCAUGAUCAUCCCGACGCACUCUUCGUUCAGAAGAACAACAGACACCGUCAGAUAAAGAUUAAAGAAAUUAAGGAAAUUGAUCUCCAGUCAAAUGAUUCCUUUGUGCAGGAGUUUAUCCAAAGACCUUUCCUGGUGGAUAAUCACAAGUUCGAUAUAGGAGUUUAUGUGGUCAUCACCUCCGUUAACCCAUUACGCGUGUAUAUCUAUACUGGCGACAUUAGGUUCCGCUUCUGUCCCAUAGAAUACCAUCCUUUCGAUGCUGAAAAUGUGGGCAAGUACGUGGUCGCUGGUGAUUUCUUAAAUCCUUGGAAAAUUGCAGCACUCGAAAAAUAUCACGCUGUCUACGGAGGCAAUAGUCGUAUGUCGUUUGAGGCCUAUGUUCGCGAUCAGGGCAGGGAUCCAUUCAAGAUAUGGCCCCAGGUCGAGGAGAUUAUCCGUAAAACUGUUUUGGCAAAGGAAAAGGACAUAGUGAAUGCUUUGCAUUCGUUUAGCACACACAACUUUUUCGAACUCAUGCGAUUUGAUCUAUUCAUCGAUGAGGAUCUGAAAGUUUACCUUAUGGAGGCCAACAUGUCUCCCAAUCUGUAUGGAAACCAGAUUAACCAUUUGUUUGAACAAGUACUGUACAGUGCCUUUAAUCUGGUGGGAAUUCGUUCAAUAAGUGCAACAGCAGGCAUUAUGUAUGGUGAAAACAAUACAUUGCUUACAAUUGAUCAGAAUUUGGCCACUGGCUUAAAUCAAUGUGCUGAGCACAACUGUGACCAGUCCUGUGAAAAGGAUGAAUGUGACCUAUGUCUAAUGUGCCUCAAUGAAUUGGAGAAAGAGACUCUGCAGAACGCUUAUCAGGAGCAUUUACAUCGUGUUUCCAUGAAGCGAAUUGUUCCAAAACCCAUCGUAGAUAGUUAUCCUAUUUAA